UAGAUAGACAGACAGGUCGAUAGACAGGUAGACAGAUAGAUGGGUAGACAGAUAGACAGGUCGAUAGAUAGAUAGACAGGUGGAUGGAUAGAACUUUUUUUGUCGUUAUGUUUUAUUUCAAGUGAAUUUACACAGAGACCACCCCCUCGCCCCCACCACUGUUUAUAAAAGGUAGUUGACCUGUCGACCUCUCUUACGUUUUGUCUGCUGCUCUUAAAGAUGAUGGCAUCAGUCCAGAGCGCGUUGCCAUGGUGAUGGGACAGCCUGACCGCUGCCAGCAUGCCGUCCACCUCAUUAAUGAGCUUGUGCAGACUGCACAGGAGCGUGAUGGCUUUGGAUCUGCCCUGCGGGGGGGCAGGGUCAGAGGUCGCAACGACUGGACCAUGGGCUCCCCAGGACCCCUACAGGAAGUCACCUACACUAUACCUGCAGACAAGUGUGGCCUGGUCAUCGGAAAAGGUAAGAGGAAGAGUCGUCAGGUGACGAGUGAGUCGUCGCGUGAUUGGUCAGGUCAUUGGUCAUUAUCCACCACAAUAGGUUCAAUUAAGAAAUAAAAUCCGAAAAUACUCGACGUUUAAAUGGCCACAUUAAUUUAGUUUUUGUUAUAUUACAUUCAGCGCACAUAUUACAUUUUUUUUUAAUCUAGGCCAGUAAACAACUUCAAAGACCUUCAGAAAUAACGAACAAGAGACAACCUGCACUCGCUCACCAUUUAGAAACCUCUUCAAAACAAUUACGAGUGUGUGUGUGUGUGCGCGAAAUUGUCUUUAGAGGUCAAGAGGGUCGAGCAGCAGCUUUCCAAAUAAAAGCACGGAUGUGAAAAGAUAUGUCAAGUACCUGAGCUUUAGACCCCAUAUGGUGUGUGUGUGU